AUGGCCUACCUACGCAGCCAACACCUCCCCAACCUCAAACAAUACAAAUACUCUGGCGUCGACCGGUCUCUGACCUCCAAGUACAUCCUCAAGCCCUUCUACACCCAUGUCGUCAUCAAGCUCUUCCCCAUGAGCAUGGCUCCCAACCUCAUCACCCUGACCGGCUUCAUGUUCGUCGUCGCCAACUUCCUUACGCUGCUCUGGUACAACCCUUCGCUUGACCAGGAUUGUCCGCCGUGGGUGUAUUAUUCGUGGGCGUUGGGCUUGUUCUUGUAUCAGACUUUUGAUGCUGUGGAUGGUGCGCAGGCUCGACGAACGAAACAGAGCGGUCCCCUGGGCGAAUUGUUCGAUCAUGGCGUCGACGCGCUUAAUACCUGUCUCGAGGUUCUCAUCUUCGCCGGGUCGCAAAAUAUGGGUCAGAGCUGGUACACCGUAGCCACCCUCUUUGCCUCCCUGCAAACCUUUUACGUCCAAACCUGGGACGAAUACCACACCAAGACCCUAACCCUCGGCAUCGUCAACGGCCCCGUCGAAGGCAUCCUCCUCCUCGUCGGCGUCUACGCCCUCACCGGCUACAAAGGCGGAGCCUCCUUCUGGCAACAACCCAUGCUCCCCACCCUCGGCCUCUCCUCCACCGCCCUGCCUCUCCCCGAAUGGCUCUACAACCUCUCCUUCACCGAGUGGUACAUGGUGCAAGGCGCCGUCGUGCUCGUCUGGAACACCCUCGAGUCCGCCCAAAACGUCAUCCGCGCCCGUCGCGCCCGCGGCGACAAAUCCCGCGGCGCCCUCCUCGGCCUCUUCCCCUUCUUCGCCAUCUGGUCCCUCGUCGUUUCCUACCUCUAUCUCCAGCCCACCAUUCGGACGAACCACCUCGUGCCCUUCGCCGUGUUCGCCGGCGUCGUUAACGCGUACUCGGUUGGGCAGAUGAUUACGGCUCAUCUCGUCCUCCUCAAGUUCCCCUACUUCAACGUUCUGGGCCUCCCGCUGCUCUUCGGCGUCGUCGAUAGUCUGGGCCCGCUUCUCCAGGCCCAUUUCGGCUUCGGGUGGCCGAGCGCGUUGGGCGGUGGCGUUUACCAGGUUGCUUUUAUGUUUUGCAUGCUGGGCAUGGCCAUUGGCGUCUACGGAUCUUUCGUCGUCGAUGUCAUCGUUACGCUGUGUGAUUAUUUGGAUAUUUGGUGCUUGACUAUUAAGCACCCCAUCACCGAGGGUCGCAUUCCUACGAAUGAGAAGAAGAAGGAGGAGAAGGCGGCGUAA